AAAACAAGAAUGACCGAAUAUUAUUUUUUUUAUUAUGUAGUAUUAUUGAAUACGAUUCUCUCAAAAUUACUGCCUAAACUUGAUGCAUACAGAUACUGCUACCUUCCGUGCUUGGAUUUCAAUUCACCGCUGCGAAUUCCCAUCUUCAGGCGUUUCGAAUUUUGUAUUAUCGAAUAAAUUGCUAAGGAUUCCCUAUAAUUUGCAUCCCCAAUCUGAUUACCUGCAAAUUUCGAGUUAAAGGGUUCGAAUCAUGAAGUUUCCUGGGGAUUAUCGUAAUUUGAUUUAUGGGUAUUGUUAAUCAAACAUUUGGGUUCUUGUUAUUAAGUGUGAUGUUGUUGUUUAUGAUUUCUAGUGGAAACUGUUUUUGCCAAGUUUUAUAAGGAUUUUGAGUACUUUUAGAGUGAAUUUUGCCGAAAAUUACCAGAAAAAGAUGGCAAUGUUGAACAAAAGCAGAAAUAUACUGGAGGAUUUCAUGAGAGAUGGGUCAUUUAAAUGGUUAACUGGUACUCGUGAUUCGUUUAAGGAGGAGAUUGAGGAAUUUGAGAAUUCAUCUUCUGGAGGAAAUAAUUGGAUUUCUGAGCUUUCUCCUGUUGCUAAUGUAGUUACUAGGAGAUGCUCAAGGAUCCUUGAGAUUUCAACAAGUGACCUUAAAGAAGAUUUUGAUUCAGUGGCUUCAGAUAAUGUUAGAGAUGCUUCUUAUGCUAGAAACUUUCUUGAGUAUUGUUGCUUUAGGGCACUUACCCUAUCUAUGCAACUGGCUGGUUACUUGUCGGAUAAAAAAUUUCGUCGCUUGACAUUUGAUAUGAUGCUUGCUUGGGAGAGUCCUGCUGCUGCCAGCGAACCCUUGCUUGCUGUGUACGACGAUGCUACUGUUGGACUGGAAGCCUUUUCUCGAAUAGCACCUGCAGUUCCUAUAAUUGCAAAUGUAGUCAUAAGUAAAAACUUAUUUCAGGUGCUUACUGCUUCAACUGGUGGUCGCCUUCAGUAUAGUAUCUAUGAGAAGUAUCUUAUCGGUUUAGAAAGGUUUAUAAAGAAAUUGAAGAGCCAAUCUGAUUCGUCAUUGCUAUCCGAACUACGAUCAGGUAGAAGGGAAAAGAUUGUGGAAGUGGAUGGCACAGUGACAACCCAACCAGUUCUUCAGCAUCUUGGAAUUUCUACCUGGCCUGGGAGACUAGUCCUUACUGAUCAUGCACUGUACUUUGAGCCACUUAAAGUAGUAUCUUAUGAUAAAGCAACACGUUAUGAUCUAGCAGAUGAUUUAAAGCAGAUUGUCAAACCAGAACUGACUGGUCCAUGGGGUACAAGACUCUUUGAUAAGGCUGUUGCUUACAAGUCUAUUUCCUUAUCUGAACCUGUAACAAUCGAAUUUCCUGAGCUUAAAGGCCAUAGUCGACGUGACUAUUGGUUGGCUAUCAUACAAGAGAUUUUACUUGCUCAUAAAUUUAUUCGCGAAUACAAUCUAGUUGGGAAUGGACGUGAAGAAGCACUUCUGAAAGCUGUACUUGGGAUCGUUCGGUUACAGGCCAUAAAUGAUAUGAGCUCAUUAGGUCCAUUUUGUUGUGAAGCUCUUUUGCUUUUCAAUCUUUGUGAUCAAAUCCCCGGUGGUGAUAUGAUACUUGAAACUUUAGCUAAAAUGUCAACAUCAAGGGAAAUGCAAAGGACUAAUAGUCCUCGGCGACGUGGCUUGUAUUCCAGUUCAGCUUUAGCCAUUGCCUCUAGCUUAGGCUUUGGAUUUGGGUCCUGUGAAGAUAGUGAUCGUGUACUUUUUGUCGGUGAGAUAGCCGUUGGGGAUACAACUCCCUUGGAGAAGGCUGUUAAUGAAUCUAGAAGUAGUUAUGAGAAAGUGGUCCUAGCUCAGGAAACAGUUGAUGGAGUAAAAGUUGAUGGUAUUGAUACCAAUGUAGCAGUAAUGAAGGAGCUGCUCUUUCCAGUUAUAGAAACUGUCAAAUGUAUUGUUUCCUUAGCUUUUUGGGAGGAGCCUUUGAAGUCCACGGUUUUCUGUGUGAUACUUACGUACGUUAUUUUCAGGGGAUGGCAUGUUUACAUUUUUGUCUUGCCGCUGAUCUUCAUUGCCAUCUUUAUGCUUAUGACACUUUGGUUUAGCCAAGGCCGACCUGUUGUAGAGGUCAAAGUUAUAACUCCACCAGCAAAAAAUGCUAUGGAGCAGCUGUUGGCAGUGCAGAAUGCGAUUUCGUUAGCUGAAGAGUUCAUCCAAUGUGGAAAUAUCGUUCUUCUCAAGCUUCGUGCCUUGCUAUUAUCCAUAUCCCCACAGGCAAGCACAAAAUGCGUAAUUUUGCUUUCGAUCGUGGCUUUGAGUUUGGCAUUUGUACCGACAAAGUACGUAAUAAUGUUGAGCUUUCUAGAAGCUUUCACAAGGUAUUCUCCUCCAAGGAGAACAAGCACCGAGAGAUUUGAGAGGCGGUUGAGAGAGUGGUGGUACAGUAUUCCCGCGGCACCGGUUUCUCUCGAGAGGCAAAAGGAAGAUAAGAAACGAAGAUAGUUCCAUUCACGAGAUCAAGGUCGUCAAGGCAGAAGUCGAGAUUGAUGUUGUAGAUUAGUAUUUAUGUACAAUUCAGUUCAUAGAAAAGAUUCGUGUUAGCGAAUGCUCUAGUGUACACGAGAUUUGUGAAGUCGUAAAGUGUAAAGGUGAACUUGUAAAAUGGAAGAUGUAUCGGUCUUUUUUUCUUUUCUUACUGGUCUUUAUUUAUUUAUUAUUAUAUUUAUUUAUUUUGAUUAUAAGGUAGGAUAACAGAAGGGGGUUAAGUGAGAAUUGAAUGCAUAACCUCUGCAAUAGAAAAUAGUACUUGCUCCACAA